AUGAACUAUGUGGGGCAGCUGGCUGAGAAUGUCUUUGUCACCAUGAAGGAGCUGUACCAGGAUAUAAACCCUGCCAACCUGUCGGGCUGCAUCGAUGUGGUCGUGGUGAGGCAGCCUGACAACUCCUUCAAGUGCUCCCCGUUUCAUGUGCGCUUUGGGAAGCUGGGAGUGCUGCGCUCCAAGGAGAAGGUGGUUGACAUUGAAAUCAACGGAGAGCCUGUGAAUCUGCACAUGAAGCUGGGAGACAAUGGAGAGGCCUUCUUUGUUGAGGAGUCACAGGAGCAUGAGGGCAGCAUCCCCUUCUUGCUCUGCACAUCCCCCAUCUGCAAGAAGCAGAGCCCAAAGGAUGCUGUUCAACCCCUGUGUGGGCAGGAGGCCACCAGCGCUGGAGUGAUUGUGUGCAAGAGGAGGCAACACAAGAGAAGGCUCAAGAUGGAGUUGUUGGACUCUGAUUCUGACACCUGUGAUGAGAUCAAAAGCGAGCUGCCAGCCCCAAGUGAUGCAGCAUGUUCAUCCUUUGCUGAUCUCCCUGAAGAAACUGCGUUGUUGCAGCCCCGAGAGAUAUACCCAUACUCUGAUGGGGAGCUGCUUGGAGAGGACAGCUUCGUGUUAAGCCAUCAAUCUUCUCCCAAAAGUGAUUCUGAACUGGACAUCAAACCACAGGAAAGUUUUGCUCUAGGGGCUGAAUCCCUCAUGAGGUGGACCUGGGGAAAGCUCCCUCAAGUGAAUAAAUUGGUGCGAGUUAAACCAGCCAAGUCCACAAAGACUGCUGCUGCAGCAACCACCAUCUCUGCGACACUGGUCCCAGUGGAUGAAGCGACCCCUCUUGUUGCCACCUCUGAACAUCUGGGAGGGGUUUCAAUCCCAGCAGAGCCUCAGGACACACCCUGUUCCUUGGAUGUGUCUGUAACUGAGCCAACACUUGAACCUCAGGCUGGGAACAGCAUCUCCAGGCUGAAGGACAUCCUCCAUACUGUCACGGCAAAGAGAUUUUUGGGGGCCUACUCAGUCCCACAAGAGAAACAGGAGGGAGAUGAGAAUGUUGUGCCAGAGGUUCAGCCAGAUGUGGAGCUCCUUGAGGGAGCCACUGCUCCAAGGCAGGCAGGUUCAGAAGGCCCUGAGUCCCAGCUGGAGAGGCAGGGGAGGCAAGGAUCCAUCAGAAGUCCUCACUUGGGUCCCAGUGCCAUUUACCUUGAAGACCUCUCCGAGACAGACCAUGAACCAGUGGCUCUGUAUAGCUCCAGGAGUGACACAAAGCCAAGUUUGAGGCCUGUGACAGACCCCAGCAACCCGCUGUGUAUCCAGUUGCCAUCCACCUCGCCUGACAACAGCCCCAUGGACUCUGACUUGAUGCCCACAGUUGCCCUGUCAUUGUGUGGGGGCCUCAGGAGCAACAGGCAGAUCUCUCAUGAGAAGUUCAUGGAACACAUGGUUUCCUACCAGCAAUUUGCUGAGAAUCCAAGGCUCGUCGAUGACCCAAACCUGGUGAUAAUGAUAAACAAGAAGUAUUACAACUGGGCAGUGGCUGGUCCCAUAGUCCUGGCCCUGCAGGCUUUCCAGAGGAACAUUCCUGAGAGCGUCAUUGAUGAAUUGGUGAAGGAGAAGAUGCUCAAGAAAGACAAAAGGUGGUGGUUCUCCUGGAGGAGAAGAGAAUUCCCAGCAGAGGGGCGGCAGCCGAGGCCAAGGAAAGCCAGCGUGGGAGCACUGCAGCAUGACCCUGCUCAGCAGAGUCAAGAGGAAGAGGAGUCAUCCAGUGACAGUGAGCCCCAGGACCCUGGGGACAUGUUGACAGUGGAAGCCCCUGCUCAGAAGCAUUUACCAACCUACAAGAAAUCCCUGCGGCUCUCCUCCGAACAAAUUGGAAGGUUGAAUCUACAGGAUGGCCCCAAUGAGGUGGCAUUCAGCGUGACAACUCAGUACCAGGGCACGUGCCGCUGUGAGGCCACCAUCUACCUGUGGAACUGGAAUGAAAAAGUGGUGAUCUCAGACAUUGAUGGCACCAUCACCAAAUCGGAUGCUCUUGGACACAUUUUGCCACAACUGGGUAAAGAUUGGACUCACCGUGGGAUUGUUACACUCUUCCACAAAAUCCAUCUGAAUGGCUACAAGUUCCUCUACUGCUCAGCCAGGGCUAUUGGCAUGGCCCACAUCACCAAAGGCUACCUCAAAUGGGUCAAUGAGCAAGGCUGUGGCCUUCCCAUGGGCCCCAUGCUGCUUUCCCCCAGUAGCCUCUUGUCUGCCUUCCACAGGGAGGUGAUUGAGAAGAAGCCAGAGGUGUUCAAGGUCACCUGCUUGACAGACAUCCGAAAACUGUUUGCUACAAAGUGUCCCUUCUACGCUGGUUUUGGGAACAGGCCCAAUGAUGUGUACGCUUACAAGCAAGUGGGGCUGCCAGAGAGCCACAUAUUCACAGUAAACCACAAGGGAGAGCUGAUCCAGGAGCUCGCAAAGAACCAAAAGUCAACAUACGAGCAGCUGUCAGAGCUGGUGGAAGUCUUCUUCCCUCCUGUGUGA